AUGUCUUUCGGAGGCAAGACCAGCCUAGAUACCGACCCGGAUACAUACCGCGAGGCUUAUGCCGCUUCCCAGCGUGCCCAUCUGUUCACGGCCCUGGACCAUCUCGAUGGCUUCGCCCUCACUUCCUUGGCGAGUAAUCUUCGCCGUGGUGUCCCCUGCUCAAUCCCGGUUCUCACCGCCGACAGAGACACGCAGUGGAGACUCCUGUCGAAACAUAUGACCAUUACUGAUUUCCACGUUGAUAUAAAUUUCCAAGACGGCGUGGUGUGGGAUGCGCGGAUACGGCUGAGGAAUGACGCUUUUCCACCCCUUCCCGUGCAGAAAUAUAUCUUCCUCAGCGAGGUGUUCACGCUAAAAUUCCUCGAGAAAACUGCCGUGCCUGCCCCCGGGGUAUACUACUACAGCUGGGCUGAUUCCCCAGAUAGCCAUGUCGGCGCAUCAUUCGUCCUUCUGGAGAAGAUGGGCGGACGGAAGCUGCAGUGGGACAAAGUGAGCAAGUCAAGGCAGACGAAGAUCAUGGAGCAGCUGGUGGAUAUCUCACUAGAGCUAGAACGCUAUUCAUUCGAGAUGACCGGGUCCAUCGUCCCGUCAGAUGACGGCGAAGUGAACAUAGGCGGCUACGCACAGCUGCCCCUGUUCCGCGACUCGCGAACACCAAUCGGCCCCUUCUCAAGCCUCAACGCCUCCCUACGAGCCAUCAUGCACCUACAACUAGACAUCAUCACGGACGGCGAAUUCGCCCACCUCUCCCUCGGCCACUUCCUCUCCUACCUCUGGCGCCUCCACACGAUCCCAGACCUCGUCGCCUCGACAAACAGCCGCGAAGGCGGGCCCUUCUACCUCAAGCACUUCUGCGAAACAGACGACCACAUCAUGGUCGACGACGACGGCAACAUCACCGCCAUCAUCGACUGGUCCUCUUCCUCGAUCAAAUCCAAGGAACUCGCCUUCAGCUCCCCGCCCAUGCUCUGGCCCACCCGCAGCUUCGUCGGCGGCGACAACGCCCUCUCCCCCGCCGAGCUCGAGUUUGCCGACAUUUACCGCCGCCGCGGCAGGCCUGACAUGGCCGACAUUGUGCUGAACGGCCGGCGGCUGCGGCGCUUUCUGUACUCCCUAGGCGAUAGCUGGACGGCCGACCAGCGGGGGUUCGAGGCGUUGUUUUUGGGCUUGCGGAAGGCGUUUAUUAGGGAGGGCGAUGAGGAUGCAGCUGCGGUUGCACAGGAGUCGUUUGAGUUUUGGAAAGAAAACGCUUAUUGCGAAGUACUCGGUUGA